AUGCAAGCCGUCCUGGGACACGACUUAUCUGCGAGCAGUACGUUCUCACUCCCAGGGGCUACAUCAUAUGUUGCCGCUGCGGGAUUCCCAACCUCGGCAUUCGUCUCUUACUACGAAUCACCGGCUCUUCCUACCAGAGAGCCCCAGCCCAUCAUUUAUGACCCUGUGCUAGAUAUUGUUUUUCCCUACGAGCUGACCAGCCCGGAUGUCAUCCUCGAAAACUCCGAUGAGGUCUACUUCCCCGUUCCGAAAGCCAGCUUGCUUGCUCCGGAGAAGCGUGCUCUUAUCGACGAUGUCGUGGCCAAUGUGUCUGCAAUAAUCAACUCAAAAAAUGAAGAUAGAGAAAGCAGUUGCGAUAAGUGCAAGCUAGCAUUGGCUGCUGCCAAACCCGCGGGUUUAUUUGCUCCCCAGAUGGUUCCGGGAGCUAUAAUCGACAUGUGCAAACGCUUUGCCUUCCAAACAAACGAAACCUGUGAAGAGAAGUAUGCCUGGAACACGCUUGGUCCAAUUUGGACUCAGGUACUAGCGUACGCUGAUGUAGAUGGUCUCGAUGGUGAAUUUAUUUGCAACAAUAUUGAUGCCAACUUUUGUCCUUCGCCCCAUGCUCAACCAUUGGAUACCCGUCGCUUAUUCCCGAAGCCCAAACCAACAAACCUCUCCAUUCCAAAGCCCAGCGGAAACCGAGUGAAGGUACUACACAUGUCCGAUUUGCACCUCGAUGCUCGCUUCGGGGUCAACUCUGAGGCUAAUUGUACGUCUGGCCUGUGCUGUCGAACGGACAACCACAACCAGCACUCCGUGGAUAAGAUUCUGCUACCUGCCUCUCCUUAUGGUUCUUUCCACUGUGAUUCCCCAUAUGAUCUGGCCCUUGCCGCAUUGCAAGCUGUCGGCCCUUUGACUGGCACUGGCAAAGAUGGCGAUGCACGUGGAAUCAAGGAAUCUCUUGCCUUCACGAUAUACACGGGUGAUCUUGAGUCGCAUGAUCCGCUCCCGCAGAAUUCACGGCGAUACCUCGAGUACAUCGAAACGGCUAUAUUUGACAUGUUCAAGCGCUUUCUCACAGGCCCCGUUUUCAUCACAUUGGGGAAUCAUGACUCUGCGCCCUCGGACAUUGCUGCAAUGCACAGUCUUCCGGGACGCCUUGGACAACAGAUGAGCUGGAACUACAAACAUGUGUCUAGUUUAUGGGAGCAUGAGGGGUGGAUAAGCCAUCGGGCUGCGAAAGAGGCGCCAACCCACUAUGGCGGAUAUUCCAUAAUGACACAUUAUGGAUUGAGAAUCAUUUCGCUGAAUACAAAUCUCUGGUACAAGCGCAACUUUCUCAACUUCAUCAAUACAACCGACCCCGAUGCCUCUAAGAUGCUUUCCUGGCUCAUCGAGGAGCUUCAAAGGGCAGAAGAUAAGAGUGAACGUGUCUGGAUCAUAGGUCAUAUUCUCGCUGGUUGGGAUGGCUACAAUGCGAUGCCCAAUCCAACAAACCUCUUUUACCAGAUCGUCGAGCGAUACUCGCCGCAUGUGAUAGCCAACAUAUUUUUCGGUCAUACACACGAAGAUCAGUUCAACAUCUAUUAUGCGAAUAACGGGACGGUUCAAACCGCAGAAACUGCUCUUAACACCGCGUGGAUAGGGCCGAGCGUGACACCUCUAACAAACAUAAACAGCGGGUUCCGGAUGUACGAAAUUGACACAGGCGACUUCAACAUCUAUGAAGCGUACACCUUCUACAGCAAUGUGUCCGAGUAUCCGAGUCUUCAAAAAAAGGGUCCAACCUACAAACUCGAAUACUCCACUCGCGACACAUACAGUCCGGCUGCUGAAUGGCCGCAAGACGCACCUCUAAACGCAACCUUCUGGCACCGAGUGACCGAGGGGAUGGAAAAGAAUCUAAGCUUGGCCAGCUGGCAAAACACUUUGCAAGGAAAGAUGAGCGUGAAAAGCCCCAAUUGCACGAUGGAGGCUUGCCAGAGGGCCAAAAUAUGCUAUAUGCGGAGUGGAAGUACGCCGCUGGGCUAUUUAUGCAAGCAAGGGUAG